AUGCGGUUCCAGGGACAGUCUCAGCCGGAGAAAGGGGAGACGCUGGCGCAGUUCUCGAUAGACUUGACGAAGUUGGCGAAGGAGGGCAAAUUGGAUCCUGUCAUCGGGAGGGAUGAGGAGAUACGGCGGGCCAUACAGAUCUUGAGUCGACGGACGAAGAGCAAUCCCAUCUUGCUUGGAUUGCCUGGUGUAGGAAAGACGGCUAUCUUGGAGGGUCUAGCGACUAGGAUAGUCAACAAGGAAGUGCCUGAAUCGAUGCAUGGGAAACGACUACUAUCGCUGGACCUAUCCCUCCUCAUGGCAGGUACAGGGAUCCGAGGAGAGUUUGAGAAUCGCUUCAAGGCGCUCCUGAAGGAUAUCGAGGAGGCAGACGGGGAAGUCAUACUGUUCAUUGACGAGGUACACACCCUCCUUAACCUCGGCAAGACGGAAGGAUCGAUGGACGCCGGCAACAUGAUCAAGCCUGCUCUAGCUCGCGGACUGCAAUUGGUCGGAGCCACAACACUUGACGAGUAUCGCAAGACCAUCGAGAAGGAUGCGGCACUCCAGCGGCGGUUCCAGCCGAUCAUGAUCAACGAGCCAUCCGUCGAGUCGACCGUAUCGAUCCUGCGGGGUCUCAAGUCAAAGUUCGAGGUGCACUUUGGCGUACAGAUCGCCGAUUCGGCUCUCGUCACCGCUGCGGUCUACUCGGACCGGUACAUCCCCGACCGCUAUCUCCCGGACAAGGCGAUCGACCUCGUCGACGAGGCGUCCUCCGCCCUCAAGCUGGCCCAGGAGUCCCGACCGGUGGCACUCGAAGCGCUUGAUCGGGAGAUUGUUACGCUGGAGAUCGAGCGGGAGUCGCUCAAGAACGAGACGGACCAGUUCUCGGUGUCGAGGAUGAACAAGGUCGAGGCGGAUCUAGAGGAGAAGAAGGGAGAGCAGACCCGUUUGGCGGAUGCGUGGACGCAGGAGAGGGAGAGGGUGGCGGAGAAUAAGGGGAUCAAGGAGCGGAUCGAGCAGGCGAAUGUGGAGCUCGAGGCGGCGCAACGGAAUGGGGAGUAUGAGAAGGCCAGUAGGCUACGAUUCGCGACUAUCCCAGGUCUGCAUGCGAAGUUGGAGGCCCAGGAAUCGGGGGAGUCAGCUGAGGGAGGGAUGAGGGAUAGGGUGACGAGUGAGGAUAUUGCCAUAGUCGUCGCCAAAUCCACAGGCAUACCGGUCACCAAUCUUCUCAAGGGCGAACGCGAACGCCUCAUGCACAUGGAAGACGCCCUCAAGCAGCGCGUCAUCGGCCAGGACGAGGUGGUACAUUCCGUCGCCAACGCUAUCCGGUUAUCCCGAGCCGGUCUCCAGGCUCCAUCGAGACCACUAGCUUCGUUCCUACUCACAGGUCCUACUGGUGUCGGAAAGUCCGAGCUAUGCAAAACCCUCGCCGACUUCUUGUUCGCGGACGAGAAGCGGGCAUUAAUACAGCUCAACAUGUCCGAGUUUCACGACAAGCACACCGUCUCCCGCCUCAUCGGUGCCACGGCCGGAUUCGUCGGAUACGAAGAGGGCGGUCAGCUGACCGAGGCUGUCCGACGACGACCCUACGCCGUAGUCGUGUUUGACGAGAUUGAAAAGGCUCAUCCGGACGUGGCCAACAUUCUCCUUCAAAUCCUGGACGAAGGGACCCUUACCGACGGACAAGGUCGCCAAGUCAACUUCCGGAACACCAUCAUCUGCCUCACGUCCAAUCUCGGUGCCGAGGCUCUGCAGGAGGGACUCUCGACCCAUGGCAAGAUCACGCCCGAGACGAGGGCCGAGGUCCUCCAGGCGGUCGGACGGUAUUUCAAGCCGGAGCUCAUCAAUCGCCUGGAUGAGCAGUUGAUCUUUAACAACCUUCCGAGGACGGUAGUGAGGGAUAUAGUGGAGCUGAGGCUGAGGGAGCUACAGGGUCGGCUGGAUGGAAGGAGGAUCAGGCUGGAUGUGUCGGAUGAGGCAAAGGAGGUGUUGGCGGAGGAGGGGUACUCGGAGGUGUAUGGGGCGAGGGCGAUUGGGCGGGUCAUCAGGGAUAAGCUGAGCUCGGGGAUCGCGGCGAGAUUACUGGAGGGGGAAAUCAAGGAUGGAGAUAUCGUACGAGUCGAAGCGAAUAAUCAGGAGCUGGUCAUGACUAGUCACCCAAAUCCGGAUCUCCAGGUCGAUAGUACUCGCGCUCGGACGGAGACAGAUCGUUCCACCGGAUCCUGA